AUGGAACAUAGAAGAUUGCGCAAAGGGCCGCUGCCUGGAGGUCGUCAGGGCGCGUCUGGAGCUGGCGCUGGACGCGACAGCAUGCGAACCGCCAGCCGAGCGCGAGGUGCUGCACGACCACCCAGCAGCCCCUCGCAUCCAUCAUCCCCACCAGCUUGCUUGGUGUCGGCAGGGUCUUCGCAGGCCCAGCAAUCGGCACCCGCCACUGGUGGAGUACGCCGCAUGCGAUGGACCAUCAAUAUGAAUUCAAACGCAUUGCGGGCGUAUUUUAGGGCGAAAGGGGGAGAAAUUGGAGGUUUCGCGUAUCGGGCUAGGAUGCAUCGUCUUUUUACUGAGCUGGAGCCAUCUAUUACUGUCACCGAGCAAAACCUGGCAGACCGAGUUCGGUAUAUCUUACGCUCAAAUAUAUUUGAUGGCGCCGAACUCGAACGGCUACGACGUGAGGCUGUUCCCUCAUCAAAUGAAAACGCUACGACUGAGGGUGCGGAGCCACAAGUUGCAGAACAACCCGCACACGUGGAUGCCGCCGAGAAUACCCCAGUGGUUGCUGAUUCAAAUGAUGAAGGAACAUUCACCCAGGAACUAGAAAUAGAGCAAAUGAGGAGUACAUUGGAAGAGGCGAUUAUGGAAACGCGCAGUACGCCUCUCGAAAAUCGACCGCGACUUCCCCGCAUAGCCCUAAGCAAGCGGAAUCGGGCUGUCGUGAGGGCUCUGAACCCAAUGCUGGUGACCUAUUUGGAAGCCAGCCGGGACCUUUGCGAGACGGACUCAAUUCUCUUUGGCGCCGCACUGGCAGUCUGCCGUAUUAUAGGCGCCAAACUUUCCACGGCUGGACGCACUACUGGACAAAGUAGUGCUAUCCCAGCCUGGAGAACAAGAAUUGAAGAACGUAUCGCAAAGACUAGGGCCCUCAUCGGCAGACUGAUAUGCUUCAGGUCAGGCAAUACCAGGCCAAGGAUUGUGCGCACCGUCAGGAUGGCGUUUGCUGGGACAAAUGUUAGUUUGUCCCAGCCGGAUAUAAUGCAAAAACUGACGGAGCGCAUAGACGACCUGAAGCAGAGAAUCGCUGCUUGGGGAAAGCGAAUUCGGCGAUAUACCGAGAGGUCGACACUGUUCAACCAGAAUCAUCUCUUCCAGAGUGAUCAGAAGAGGCUCUAUAAAUCAUUGGAGCGACCAAUGGUAAGUGGAACGGGCCCAGUACCGAAUCAGGCCGACACGGUCGCGUUCUGGCGCAGCCUGUGGUCAGAGCCCGUAAACCACAACGAGGGCCCUUGGACGGAAGUUGUGGCGAGUCAGUGUGCGGGUAUUACGCCCAUGGACCCCGUCACCAUAACGCCGGAUGACGUAGCUGAGGCGGUCCGUAGGGCCCCGAACUGGAAAAGUCCGGGACUCGACGGGCUGCAUCACUAUUGGCUGAAGGGGUUCGUGAGUGAUCAGAAGAGGCUCUAUAAAUCAUUGGAGCGACCAAUGGUAAGUGGAACGGGUCCAGUAGCGAAUCAGGCUGACACGGUCGCAUUCUGCCGCAACCUGUGGUCAGAGCCCGUAAACCACAAUGAGGGCCCUUGGACGGAAGUUGCGGCGAGUCAGGGUGCGGGUAUUACGCCAAUGGACCCCGUCAUCACAACGCCGGAUGAUGUAGCUGAGGUGGUCCGUAGGGCCCCGAUCUGUAAAAGUCCGGGGCUUGACGGGCUGCAUCACUACUGGCUGAAGGGGUUCAUGGUGUGUCAUGAUGUGCUCGCCCGACAGUUUCAAGAGGCUCUCAACCAGAAGUUGCUCCCGAGCCUCUUCACUACUGGGAUCACCCAUUUGGUUCCUAAAGGCCAGAGUACCACAGACCCGAGCAAAUCCCGCCCCAUCACGGGUCUACGAACUAUAUACAAGAUACUAACAUCCAUUUUCAUCAAUCACUCGUCACCUGCACUCAAAUCAGUACCGGAGACGAACUUCCGCCUGAUCCAGAACAAGACUGACGAUGAUACUGUGAACGUCAUAUGUGCUGCGGACGGAGCGUUUCCUGCACCAAACCUCACGCUAGCCACACCUGAGAGGAGGCUGGAUGGAGUUUCUCAUGAAUUGAAACUGGUAAACGGCAGAUACUCGGCGGUAGCUUCGGUUACGUUGUUCGACGCUGAUCUUCCUUCACCUGCGGAGUUUAUUUGCACUCUCCGAAUACCUUUAGCAAAAUACGCAGUAAGGAAAGAAGCAAUUUACUAUCCGGGGCCCAUUAGUACAACUCCUGAAAUGCCGACCGCGGCUGACCUGCAACUCGCUGCGGCUAGUGGCUCUAAAGGAACAAGAAAUUGUUUAAAGCACCAUGCUGAAUACAUAUGCACCGAGUGA